UGGCCGGAGCAUCCAUUACUACCCAAAGAUGCACAGGAGAGAGCCACAGCACGAUUCUGGGCAAAAUUUGCUGAGGACAAGGUCACAUGCGUAUGGAAAUUCUUUUAUUCCAGGGGUGAAGAACACGGAGAGGAAGACAAAAAAGAAAUCUUGGAAAUGCUGAGAAGCAUAGAAGAGCAUGGGCUUGGAGAGAAGAAAUUUUUGGGUGGUGACACAAUUGGAUUGGCUGACCUGGCCUUCUUUGUUGUUGUUCACUGGUUGGGAGUGAUUGAAGAUGUAACGGGCGUGAAGCUGUUGGAAGCUCAUAAAUUCCCUCGACUGGUUGCAUGGAUUCAUGAUUUCAAGGAAGUGGGUGUGAUCAAAGAAAACCUGCCUGAUCCUGAGAAGAUGGUUGCCUUUUUCAAACGCGUUAGGGAGAAGAUCCAGACAUCUGCAUGACUACAGUGCUGUGUAGUUCAACUGCUCAACUCAUAUGGGUUCCUUUAAUUUUAUGUUCUCCAUUCUCUAUGUUUAUCUAUGUGAAUAAUAAAGAGGACUCUUGGUUGUUUUAAGGCUAAAA